UGCCGCUGUUCAUCGGCUUCGUGGGCUUGGGGCUCAGCCUGAUGUUGCUCAAGUGGAUCGUGGUGGGCUCCGUCAAGGAGUACGUGCCCACCGAGCUGAUGGAUUCCAAAGGGAUCGAGCAGGACCCGUUCUUCCUCUCCAAGCAGCCCACCACGCCGCCUAAGAGCAUGGACACCACCACCACGUCGAGCACCACCACCACGUCGAGGACCCCCAAUCGGAUCAGUACCCGCAUUACCACGAUGACCAAGGCGCCCACCCGCUUCCCGGGCACCCGGGGGCGCGAGUCGGGGCCGCGAUCCACCACGGCGCGCCACACGGUCGCCCCACCGACCCUCCUGGCCGCCGCCACCACCACCACCGCCGCCCCUUCCAGCACCACCUUCCUGAUCUCCCGCCCGGCGCCCGGCGCCCCGGGGACCCAGCCCCUGCCCAUCUGGCCCACUGCGGCAUACACUACCUCCUCCUACAAGACCUAUCUUCAGGACUCGGCGCCCUCCUGGACCUUAUCCCCCUUCCAAGAGGCCAGCACGACCACCACCGCCACGCCAGAGGCCAACACUAGCCCCAAACACCCCUGACUCAUCUUGCAAGAUUUUUGUGGAAAUGAAUGAAGGAGGACAGCCAAGCACACUACAUCGAACUUGCUGGAGGAAAGGUGGAAUAUAAACCUAACAAACGAAUGUAGGUCAGAUCAAGUAAUAAAUCCCAGCGCUGUAUUUUCAAGAGCUGACAGCCAAGUACAUUAGAAUGAGAAUGGGGAAUCCUUGAUCCUUCAGAUGAUGCUGGACUCCAAUUCCUCUCUCUCUCCUGUCUAUGAUGAAGCUGGUGAAGGAUGAAAGGAACUGGACUUCAAAAACUCGUGGAAAGCUACAGCUCCCUCGUCCCUACCGUAAGAAGGUCACAAUCACCUUGUAAUGAUUGUCUCCUUUUAUAUGGUCAUAGCACUUGAUAGCCAGUAGCUGUCUUUCACAUUGACCAUUUAGUCGAUAUGAGUUUGGUUCAUCCUUCUCAAAACUGUAAGGGCCAAAUGUUUCUCUUUGUGGCAAUGUAUGGUACGGGAGAGAGCUGAAUAAAAAUGUAGUCAUGAGGGGGCAAGGUAUAAAAUGUUUCCUUGUAAACAUACGUCUGAAUGCAUGCAUAUUUGUAUGCAUUUCUGUUAGUAACUACAUAAAACACACAUUUUACACAAGUACUGUAUCCAAAUAUCAGUGUUGUUUGCUUGCUUUAAUUAGAGAAUGGCACUGAAAAGUUUGGAAAUGGCUGGAAACUAUAAAACAACUUGGCCAUAAAUUGCAAACUUAAUA